GACAUUGACAGUUUAAAAGUGAAUCAGUGAUCGAUCAUUGAAAAUUUUGUUGCAAUACAAAACGAAAUUACUUUCGACUCGAUCUAUAAUUCUUCUCCAUAUCAACAAAGUUAUUUAAACAGAUGAUAAAACAUUGUACAACGUCACCGACCUUGAGAGAAAUAAACCAAUGUUUAAAUUUGAAUCGUGGAACUAACGAAAAUGUCGAAAAUCAAGAAGUUAACUGGCUCAUUUCGCUAUACACAGUGGGACCCUUGUCUAAUUAUUUCACAGAUAGUGGCAAUGCAGUUUGUAAUGUAUCUCACACUCAGUCUUUUGAUAGCAUUAAUGCAGGAUUUGACGUCUUCAACGCGAACUUUAGACCAUUUGUUCGAAUAUCAUGAAAUACACGUGAAAGACAAUGAAGGCAGAUCAAUUAUAUUGGCGUUUGUAUUGAAUGCACUAGUAGGUGCAAUGGUACUGUGGACUUUAGUGGGGAGGACUAAGUUGUGCUUGGAUUUUAGUUGCACCUUCUACAGUAUUCACUUACUGUUCUGCUGGGUGUACAACGGCAGUUUCCCCACGACAUUCUCCUGGUGGGCGCUCAACAUAGCGUGUGCGGCGAUAACGUGCGUGGCAGGAGAGUUUCUCUGUCUCCGAACAGAGCUCCAAGCGAUACCCCUCAGUAAUAUUGGUGCUAAAGUUGAUUUAUGAAAAUUACCAUAUACUGCAAUUUUUACUUAAAAACACGGUGUAGUGAAGUUUGUGAUGUUAUUAACUCAAGAUGAUAUUCUCUAUGAAACAAAUGGCUUUGAUAUGCCUUAGUUUGAGCUGUGAAUUGUGAUGUUUAAAGAAUUAAGACCUCCCUACACACAUCAGUUAACACGUCAGUCAUUAUUCAAUAAGACUUGUUGUUAAAACUUCAGGACUGUAUUCUAUUAGAAGAUAUACAAAUGGAUCAUUUUAAAGUAGGAGUAAUCAAGAUGUAUCACCAUGUAUGUAUCAGUUUCUUAAUACUAGCAUAAUUUUUAAACACUAAUUUCUUCCUUUCUGACAUAUGUGAUUUUACAUUCGAGAGAAAAGGACAGCAUAGUAUGCUCACUGUUUCUUUUAGAGAUAGCAGGUAAAGAACACCCUUUAGCAUUAUGUAUUUUGCAUAAUGCAAAUGAAUAUAUCAAUAAAUUGUUAUAUAAUAAUAAUUAUAAAAUCCGUAAAUGUCAACUUCCAUUAACUGUCAGUGUAAUUUGGCAAUAAGUUAAAUACAAAAAAAAAAAAAAAAAUCCAUACUGUCCUGUUAUAAGAUAAUGGUAACUGUUUAUAUUUAACUAUCCCUAGUCAGACAAAUGACAGUCGGCAGAAACGCAUUUUUUUAGCGGCCGGACCUUAGUUUGAAGUCCAUUCCAUGAGCUCACAAAGACAAAUUGCCGCUGUGCACUCGUUGAUGUGAGUACCCUUCAUUAGCAAAAUUAUUUCUUAGAAUUUCCUUAUAUCAGGGCCGGAUCUACCAUAUGGCUUUUUGGGCAUCAGCCCAGGGCCCCGUGGAUUCAAGGGGGCCCAGCUAAGUCAAAUC